AGCGACUACAGCAGCACAGAGCAUCAGCAGCAGGACACUGAGCACUGAGCAUCGCACUUUGAAGAAGGGGGCGGUAGACUCCUAACAGCAACUGCAAGCUGCCAUUAUUCAAGAGAAGAAGAAGAAAAAGAAGAAGGCGCGCGGGCUGUUUGUAACUGCUACAUAACAUUAGCGGAGAGCUGUCAUUUGUUUUCACCGCGGAUCGGAGUGCGUCUGGUUCCCGGCGCGACCGCCAUGGAGUCCACAGAGAGCCGAUUCCCUCACCUGCUGCAGCCAAUCAGAGAGCUCACCAAGAACUGGGAGAUCGACGUGGCGUCCGAGUUAAACGACUACUUAGACGAGCUGGAUGACAUGUGCAUCACGUUCGACGGAGGGAAAACCAGACUCAACUUUGCAGAAGCAGCGCUGCUGAUCCAGGGCUCGGCCUGCAUCUACAGCAAGAAGGUAGAGCUCCUGCACAGCCUGGUUUACCAGACCCUGGACUACAUCAACGACCGGAACAAGAAAGGAAACAAACAGACGGCGGCAGCUAAGGGUGCCGCAGACUCAGCGGUGAGCGACCACGACGGCGAUGAUGAUGAGGCUGAGUUCUCUCCGCUGGACAUCGACGCCUCCGAGAACUCGCCGAAGGCCGACUCUGACACGACUGUGAGCGUUGCUCCUCUUCCUCCUGAGGCUCUGAUUCCUACGGAAACCUUCGAGAAGCAGAAACUCCCUCUCAUCAGUGUAACGGGGGACGUCCCGUGCAGUCAGAAGGACUUCAGGAUCAACCUGUUCAUCCCGGGAGACGAGGACCUGAUCCUGCUCGUGUCUGGAUCUGCUGGUUCCAUGUUGGACCACGAUCUGCAUCCUGCAGACUCUCUGUACAGACCUCCCCCCCGAGAUGCUGCAGCUCCAGAUGUUGCAGACGACUUCCUUCCUUUAGAGGAGAACAACAUGGAGCUGGACCAGAACCCAGAGGAACAUGUGGACCGACACCAGGAGCUGGACCAGAACCCAGAGGAAUACGUGGACCGACACCAGACUCCCAGUGAAGGCCGGAUGAUCCGAGAGAGACGGCAGGUCCAAGACGACAGAGUGGCGAGGACGGAGACACCACCGCCACCGGUGGACGUGUGGGCGUUGCACGAUGCGUACGCUGUCUUCGGGGAGGACAAACCUUUUAAAUCAGGAAAAUGCUACAAGGUUCCUGACGGUCUGGACGACGGCGGGAAGAGGAAGAGGAAACGCCCGGCAGCCCUGCAGGACUUCAGGAGCUGGUUCAGAGGAAUCUUUAAUCCUCCAGAGCAGAAACUCAAAAAUGGACCCAAGUUCACAGACCUGAACUACAUUUAUUUGAGCACAAUGAAAGACAAACUGAAGACUAGAAAGAGGAUCUACAGGAGAGCGGGCGUGCUGGUCUCUGAUGAAGAACUGAGGAAGACCUUCCUGCAGCUGGAGGAGGCGGGGCCUCAGCAGCAGGGGGAGGAGCCUGAGGACGGAUUCAGACACCCCGACCUGCUGGGCGGCGACGACGCGUCAGACAACGAACACGAAGCGUUUCCCGACGACCUUCCAGCCGAGUUCAACGGAGGAGCGGACGCCAUUUCCCCGGGCGCGCUGAGAGACGAGCUGAGUUAUGAAGAUCUGGUGAAGCUGCGCGUGGAGCAGCUGGUGAAGAACUGCCGCGGCUACACCCAGGAAACGGCGCUGUCUCGCCGCGUCAAAGACUGGGAGGACAUGGUCCGGCCGGAGCUGCUGCUGCAGGAGCAGCGCUCCGUGUUUGAUAUCCACGACUACGGCGACAGGAUCGUCGGAGCGCUCGGCGCCGUCGGCCAGCGCAGAUCUUUCGCCGCCGUCGUCGCCGGUCUCGACAACUUCGAAGCCUGCAAAUAUCUGCUAGCUUCACUGCAGCUGGCCAACGACUACACGGUGGAGGUGGACAGCGUGGCCGGGCUGGAGGACAGCGUGGACUCGAUGGGACUGACGCUGCUCAGCACUCACAGAGCCAGCGACAGAUUCAAAGAUCUCAACACCUGAACCUUUGUGAGUUUGUCACACUGAGAGUCGCACAAAUGUGCCACGAGUUUCUGCUCCGGUGUCGGGUAACAUCCAAGGCAUCUGAGGGGACGUUUGGACCCCCUCUGUCUUUUAAAUAAGGACAUUUCUGACUGUCUCUACUUUCAUCUGAACUCCUGAUUCAGCCAAUAACUGAGUCAUUAUCUGUCGGUCUGUCUGUGUCUCCCUCUCUCUGUCUGUCUCUCUCUGUCUGUCUCUCUCUGUCUGUCUCUCUCUUUCUCUCUCUCUGUCUGUGUGAAGAUAAAAUUAGGAAUUAUGCUGUUAAGUAUUUUGUCCGCCAACAAUUUUUAACAAAACUCUUCUUGUACGCUCAUUAAAAAAAAACAAAAAAAUUGAAUAUAUGGAAAAAAUAAAUGAUAAAUUAAAUGUU